AGCAUCAUCACGCUAGGCGUUUCCCGGCUAACGACGUCAUAAAAUCAGUUCUUCCGCUGUCGGGAAAGAAGCGUGAACUGUCGACGAGACUCACGAAAGCAGAAGUGCCUACUCCCUUUUAUGUCACAGCUCUCUCAGUCGUCGAAGAUUAGACUGCGACUCGACUCCAGGUGACCCGCCAUGGCUGUGAACGUCUUCUCUACAUCGGUGACCAGUGACAAUCUGAGCCGUCAUGACAUGCUAGUUUGGAUCAAUGAUUCUCUCCAGUUGAACCUCACCAAGAUAGAAAUGUUGUGCACAGGCUCUGUCUACUGCCAGUUUAUGGACAUGCUGUUUCUCAAUUCUCUGCCUUUGAAAAAAGUCAAAUUUGGUGCCAAACUAGAGCAUGAAUAUAUCCACAAUUUCAAGCUCCUGCAAGUGUCCUUCAAGAAGAUGGGAGUCGAUAAGGUCAUCCCAGUGGACAAGCUGGUGAAGGGAAAGUUCCAAGACAACUUUGAGUUCGUCCAGUGGUUCAAGAAGUUCUUUGAUGCCAACUACAAUGGGGGUGAGUAUGACCCUGUGGCAGCACGGCAGGGUCAGGACACCACGUCCCCUGCUCCCGCUGCCAUGUCCGCCCUCAACAAGCCGCCCAAGAAGAUCCUCAAUCAAGCUCCGCAGCGCCCCCCGGUGGCCAAGGUAGCCCCCAAGAUCGCUGCGGUCAGUGCUCGGAAGGCAGCAGGGACCACAGACGACGAGAGGGAGGAGCUGGUGAACAAGCUGGAGAUCCUCAAAUCAGCAGUUGAGGACAUGGAGAAGGAGAGGGACUUCUAUUUCGGCAAGCUGCGGAACAUUGAGCUGAUUUGCCAGGAGAGGGAAGGAGAGGAAGACCCCACCAUCCAGAGGAUCGUGGAAGUCCUCUACGCCACAGACGAGGGUUUUGUGUUGCCAACCAAUGAGGAGGAGGAGACCUUUUAAUACUGAAGACUGCAAGGGACUUCGCUGAGACUGCAUUUUCAGAGCCUGUCUGUCUCUCCGAAGCUCCGCCCUUCCCUGAUCCAACAUGGCCUCAGUAUGUAUGCGUGUGUGUCGGGGCAUUUCCUCUUUCAUCAGUCCUCACCUGUACAUGAGACGAUCCCAGAACCCAAACGGCUGCAGCUUCCGUCGGAUCAACAUGUUCACUGCCUCUUCUUCCUGUAAAGGUGCCAAGGCCGCGCGCACCCCACCUCCUCCCCCUCCUCAAGACCAGAUCCAGUUGAGUGGGGGUCUGUUUGGGGUGAAAGUGUGUGUGACACAGCAGUGUUCUCUUCAUGUGUGUGUGUGGUUGUGUAAAAUUGAUCUGAAGUCGUAUAUUGAAGAACCUUCUUGACUGUCACCCCCAUCAGCGACAGUCAUUUUUGGCCUCUUUUAUUCACCCCCGCCGUUUUUAUACCCAUAAUGCGCUUACUUUGUCUCGGGGGCUAAUGGUCACCUUGUGGUCCAGGUGUGGACAUUAGCUUGCCGGAGUGUGCCGUUUUGAUUGGUGGAAUGUUUAUUAGUGUUUGACAGCACAUUUUGAGCUGCAGCCAACCGACAGGAGCCUUUUGUUUUUGCUUGUGAUCCCUGCGUGUGUCUUCAUGUACCUUCACACCCCCACGUCUGAUGCGAUGAAGAUGGAUGUUACAAACAUCCCUGACCAUUCAAACACUGUGAGCUCAGCCUGGCUGAUCAGUUGGUUCACAAUCCCAUCGUCCACAGUCCGACCAGGCUUUUGAGUCACUGCAUGUGAAUGUUCACUUGAAAUGAACCCAACCUCCUGUCACUGAAACCUGUCAGAAUACAUUCAUGAAUGGCCUUAGAUUAUUAUUUUUUUCUCUUCCUGUAAUCUUUUAUUGUCUCUGUCUGCUGUUUUAGGCAAAUGUUUGUUCUGUUACAUAUAUCAUAUUUUAAUUGUCAUCGGAUAAUAAAGUUAACUGAAUGAUGCUUGGGACAGUAACUCUGAUCUGUCGACUGCUCUGUGGGAGGAUGGCGUGAUCUGAACUCACUGAUCAUCUGUUAAAAUCUGUCACGUUGUGCUGAGUGUAAUGACCUUUCCAACCAAACCUUUAAAACUCAAGCUAGGAUGGUACUCGGCACGUGAGCUGCUGAUCUAGUGAGGGCCUCACUGAAGCAGAUGUGCCUCCGUUUACUGUGCUCCGCGGUGAGUUGAUGCCUUCCUUGACACCAAAUGUGUCAGGUUCUAUCUUUGUUUUAUGAGUAAAUAUGCAGUUGUUGUUGUCACACCUUCAUAUGCAGUGUUGGAGAUCAAAGUCUUCUCUGGACUCCAGCAUGUUUUUCCACUCGCUGUAGCAUGAGUCGCUUUAAAUCAGACCUCAGGGUUUUUGAGGAU